AUGGCGGCUGUGCAGGGGUACCUACACCUUCAAUAUAGCUCAAAGGAUAUUUUCACAAUAAGUUUAUUGCAGGUCGCGUCAGCUUGGACGGCUGUCGCAGUCUCAAACUAUACUUUACCACGCGUCUCGUUGAUUUCUAACACAGCGCGCUCAUUGAGAAUAUUUUGUUUGGUUUUUUCGCUGUUGAGUUUCACUCUUCUGCGUUUUAAAUCCAAGGUGAAAUUUACGGUGAGUUGCUUUGAUUUAGACCUUCUUGUUUCUGUGUUAAACUGCGUUUUCUUUGUAGAAGUAAAAAUUUCUCGGGGAAAAUUCACUUCAAUACUAACGCUAAUUACGUAUUGAACUGCGCUACAGCAGUAGAUAAAUGCAUGUGACAUUCUCAGAAGUUACAUGGCGAUCGAAAUCGAUCAUGGGAAAGCUAGUCGAUAAGUGGAUAGUGCUCGAUAUUUGUCAGUAAUUGUCGAUUGAUUAGUUAUGUUUGUCGAUAAAAGUCGAUAAUCACAAUGAUCUCGGGACAGGUAAUCAAUUUCGAUCGACUUCUGAGACGUAGAGACUAUCUGUUUCAUGUUGAGGAUUUACGCGAACUUUUUACGAAUGCCGCGUAUGGAGAAGGAUUCGAACGCAGACAGAUGCUACUCGUUCACAAACCCACAAGCGGAAAUAAAAACUGUUCGAACGAAUGUUGCAAAAGCUCAUGUAGACUUCCAAAAAAUUCCUUCGUCCGAUUUAAUAUGGCUCAAAACGUAUGUUUCGUACAGAUGUUCAAUAAUUAAUUUCCCAAUGGAUAUUGAAACUGUUGCUUCUGACCCUUUUUACCUACCAAUAGUUUUCGGAUAAACAUCGAACUUUAACACCAAUUUCAAUAGAAAUCGAUGAUCACAUGAAAUUUUAUGAUCAACUUUUAUCAAUUUCAGAUAUCUGUUGAUUGAUUAGUAUCGACAUUUUAUAGAGAAAGAUCAUUUUCAAUCGACUAUCAAAAGUAACAACCUGUAACAUCCUGCAUUCCUCAAGACUGAGGUAAAUUACGGAAUAUACUUUGCAUGUUGUUUUACUAAGCUGCCUUGAAUUUAAUCACCUCUGUAGUAAUUGUGAAAUUUUUCUGUUAAAAUCCUGGGCCAUGAUAGUUGAUGAUAGUCAAUGAUAGUUUCAACUAUCAUCCUCUGUCACUUACUAUCAUCCCCUGUAGCCAAACGGUCAUGAUACAGCUGUUUGGCGUGCAAAUAUUCAUGAAACAUAUAGUCAAAACCAGAGAUUGUGUGUUUGCUCUCACAAGUUCUAGUCCCUAAGUUCAAGGCACGUGCGAUGUAAGCAAAUGUCAUAAUACUAUACCAUUCUUCCGUGCCGCUUUCUAGCAGCUUCUUGUGUGCUUUACAACAGAACAGAGCACAGUCAAGGCUUCUUUAUUUGUUUAUUAAUUUUUGUUGAUUUACUGCAUAAUGAGGAACAUACCUUGAAGAGAGGAACGACGAGGAAGAUGCUGCUGCUUUUUCUGUCAUUUUACAUGCAAAAGUUGUUGAGCACAUUGAGUAAGAAAAGAAACAGCUGAACAAAAAACUAUCAAUGACUUUCUCAAGGGUGCCAAACGAGAAAAAGUCAUUGUCGACUAUCAUGUUUAAAGUGUAUGAUUAAAUCAAUAAUAGUUGACGACAGUUGGGUGUCAAACAGUCAUGAUGUCAUCAAAUGUUGAUGCUUCCCCUUUUGACAACACAGCUUUGGGAUGAUACAGUAAAAACCCUAAGAAUUAAAGACCAAACCUGAUAUAACACAAUAUAUAAUGAAAUAGUCCACAAUCCUUAUGUUUUUUGCCAGGUGUUCCAGCUUCUCAAGCUUGUUUUUGUUGUUUUUGGAUUAGCUGCUGUUUUUCAUGUCAUCGCUAUCCUAUUUGGAGCACCAGUCUCUGAGUAUGUAUUUCAAACAUAAGGUUGAGAUAGCCAUCUGUUCUGUGUCUAUGCUUGUUAUUUAGCCAGGAAAGCAUCAAUUAUUAAUUAUUAGGAACUUGGGGUAUAAACGAGAUUUCACUAAAGUAAAUUUACAAAAUAAGUACCAUCCUGUCCUUUUUGUUAUGACUUUGUUACUACAUGUAUGUAAGCCAAGGCUGAUAGGUGAUCAUACCCAGUAUAGAAAGGAAAUGUAUGUGUAAAUCUCAUGGUGAAUGAAGGGGUUAGAGUUGCUCUGAUUACAUGUUAUUCACUCUAACGAGGGUUUGUGCUUGAGAAUCAUCAGCUUCUCAUUCCCCCGAUGGCAGCCAUUCUACAUGUACAUUGUACUUUGUUAACUAAUUUGAAAAACCAAAUUUUUGUAAAUAUCAUGGUGCCACUUUAAAUUGUAUUGUAAAUCAAAUAUUUUCAUAUAUUUCUUGAUAACAGGCAGAGUGAGGAAACAUUUUGCUGGGCGUUAUUAAUGUCUCAUCUGGUGUCACUCCCAGCCUGCAGCCUGUUAGGAAUUCAGUUAGAACUUGUACCAAGAAUAUUUUUCAGCAUGUGGUGAGUUGACAAGUUUUCAAAAAAUUUGGUGGUAAAAUGUGUGAAAUCCGUACGUCACUUUUCCCUUACAUAUUUGUCAAGUAAACAAUGAAGCAAUGAUUCGAUGUUAAAUAGCAGUUCUUUUCUUCCCUUGAGUUUUGUAAGCUGUUCCAAUUACAACCAUAACUGUGUGAGCGCAAAAGUUGGAAGUAUGAAAAUGAGGGAAUUGAGACAAGACUAAAGAGUUAGAAAUGAAAUAGGAAUAAAGCUCUCAAGGCUUAUGUUAGAUUACCCUUCUUAUUUGCCAGAUAUUGUGAAUCAAACAAAGAAUUUUUUCAUUUGAUGAGGAUCAUCACUUUGAUAGGGCUUUAUUCCAUUCACUGUUCAAAUAAUGGUCUAAACAGUUGUAAAUGCAGUUGUGGUUCACUGAGAAAUACUCUGUUGUCACAAAACAACAAGCUUCACAUGAAUGUAAUCAUCAGUUAGUUAUACAUGUAUAAAUGAAUUAUUGAUCUGACCAAGUAUGAGGUCAAGAACUUGUUCUUUUUUGCAUAUGAUAAAUCCUCUAUGAAGUUCCUCAGGGGGCUUAUUUUCAAGCCCAUUUGAGGGGGGGCUUAAUAGAGAUGAGGGACUUAUUUGAGAGAGGGGGCUUAUUUGAUUUAGAAAAGGCGAUGGUAUCAGUUCUCCAUAAAGAACAAGAAUACAAAGUAAAGAAGCUCGAGAACAAGAAGGUUAGAGGUCAUGCAAGGUUUAACCUUGUAAGGUUAAAAUUUUAGGUGAAAUAAAAGAAAACUCCAGUUAGAAAUUCUUUCUAUGUUUUGUAGGUCAGAUGCAGCUCCAGAAGCUUAUUUCCAAUGUUCAAUCCUAUGUACUCUGAUAGGGGCAUGGCUUGGGGCUUUUCCAAUCCCUUUGGACUGGGACCGACCCUGGCAGGUAAGGCUGGGAGGGGACGGGGUACAAUCUUGAUAUCUUGCAAUACACAAUACAUGCAUUUAAAACAGUAUUUAAAACAGCAUUUAAAACAGUAUUUUUUGAAGGUAUUUCUUGGCGUGCACUGUGUCCUUCAAGGAGCUGUGUCACAAAAUGUAUCAAAAUUCAAACAGUGGCAACUGGCACCAAAUUAAGUGAAACAUAAAAAUGACCAUUCAAAAUGUUAAGAUAUAAAUAUCUCAGCAAAUACAAUAGGAGGUACAGGUAGACAAACUUGAGGAAGAUUGAAUCGGAAUUAAAUAGAUUUAUUUUUAAGUUGUUUGAAAAAUGUAGCCUAACGGUUUAUGCUUAAGAGACAUAUUUCUUUGACACCCAGCUAUGAUUUUGUCAUUCCUGCAGUUACUGUAGUCUCCUGAUUUCCUUAACGAAUAAGGAUGUGUCAUCGGCAUUACAAACAAAAUGAACUAGACAGCCGACAAAAAAAGACAUUCUGAAUGAUAUUAUUUUCUUUUUAACCUCUAAGAGAGUUCAGCUUCCAAUUUCUCCUUAGAAUAUAACUUUUAAUCAAACAUGACGGUAACGAGAUUGAAGGGAAUGAUAAAGUUAAAAAGGUGUUGAUUGUUCAUCAAGUUCUCCUCAUCAGUAUCAUAGGAAAUGUGCGAAAAACGGUAUGGAGAAAGUGCAUGCUGAUACAAAUGUAUCACAAUAGCGAUGGUUAAACGUUCAACAUGAAGUAGAAUUGUAAAUAUUCUUUGAAAGAAAAUCAGUAUGAAAAAUGGAAGAUCUGAAAGACAAUUUAUACAUAUCUACAUUUAACUUUAGCUCAGAGUAACAGGGAUUCAACUCCCCCAGCAGGCCUCUAGUCAUUUUGGUGAAAUUGGGUUCUAUAUACGGAGACAUCCUGGAUUUAAUGACUAAAUUUAUAGGGUUAAGGGCGCAAUGUCGCGAGGAUAUUAUUGCUGUUUUAAGUCAAUUCAAUUAACCUAGUACCUUUACCCACACUGUCUACAAAAUGCUUUAGUAGAGUUAUGAAGAGCAUAUUGAACAAAUUUGAUCAGGGAGCAAUAACUAUAAUAACUCUUUUUUGGUGAUUUCUGCAGGCGCAGCAUUCAAAAUUGAAAAAGGUGACCCAACUUUCUUAAGUCUCAAUUCAUUUCCGUCCUCGUCAUCCGUUGGAGCAGACGACCAAAAACGUUUUUUUAAUGAACAGCUGUAGAUACGGAGACAAGUUUUAACUUUUUUGAAAGAUGGCAUAUUGCGUGACAUAUAGUUCCUUUAACUCUUUGUCCUGGGGAAGGAAGUGGAGAGUGUUAGUGUUUUACAGGUGGGAGUAAUAGAACCGUACACAAGAGAGCGUGCAUUUAUUUUUGUAGGUCUGGCCUAUUCCCUGUGCGAUAGGAGCAAUUGUGGGUUACAUCAUUGGCCUUGGGGCUGCAGUGGUAAUGUUUGCGGUGAACGAAAAGCGAUUUCGUCCUCAAUAACGCAAAGCUCUGAUAACCGGCUCAAGUUCCGAAGUUUAAGAGUGGACUGACUACCGAAUCAAGGUACAGCUGUUGAUGACUGUUACAGGAGCGUGGAGAAAAUCAAGAGAAAUCAACCUGUAAAGUAGGGAUGUUCACAUUUUCUGUAGACUAUAGUUUUAAGAAGGCUUUCUUUAUCAGAGAGGAAAACCCCAUCUUUUAGACACUGACAAUUUACAAAGUUGCCAAACGAAGUUGUCACUUAUGACUAAAAAAAGACUUAAACAUAUCGUCAUAUUCCAAGAGCAAGAAUGGUUGGCGAAUGAUAAGGAAAUACACGAUUAAAACUUCAGCCAUUUUUACAUCUGCCUAUGUCUACCAAAGGUUCUCUCAACAUUCGUAAGGGCUAUAGAAAAUUAACGUUCUUGCCCCUGUUUGCUUAUCUGGACAUACCAAACGUGGACGGGCAGGGUUUAACUCGCCUUGAUUUUAAACCAGGUCAAGUUGGACUGGAAUGCUUAGCUGUGCGUGCUCUCCGCAAUGGUCGAUCCGUAUUGACUGCAAGGGCAGAGUUAUUUGAAAAAAUAUAUAUAUAUAUUGGUAACGCUAUUUACAUGUAACAAACAAGGC